GUUCUGCAAGGAGGGAAAGAGGCCUUGGGAUGUCUUUGGCAGAUGAGCUUUUGGCUGACCUCGAGGAGGCAGCAGAAGAGGAAGAAGGAGGAAGCUAUGGAGAGGAAGAAGAGGAACCAGCCAUCGAGGAUGUUCAGGAAGAGACACAGCUGGAUCUUUCUGGGGAUUCGGUCAAGAGCAUUGCCAAGCUAUGGGACAGCAAGAUGUUUGCUGAGAUCAUGAUGAAGAUUGAGGAGUAUAUCAGCAAGCAAGCCAAAGCUUCAGAAGUGAUGGGACCAGUGGAGGCAGCUCCUGAGUACCGUGUCAUUGUGGACGCCAACAACCUGACUGUGGAGAUCGAAAAUGAGCUGAACAUAAUCCAUAAGUUCAUCCGAGAUAAGUACUCAAAGAGAUUCCCCGAACUGGAGUCCUUGGUCCCCAAUGCACUGGAUUACAUCCGCACGGUCAAGGAGUUGGGAAACAGCCUGGAUAAGUGCAAGAACAAUGAGAACCUGCAGCAGAUUCUGACCAAUGCCACCAUCAUGGUUGUCAGUGUCACUGCCUCUACUACUCAGGGGCAGCAGCUUUCAGAGGAGGAGCUGGAGCGGCUGGAGGAGGCCUGUGACAUGGCACUGGAGCUGAACGCCUCCAAGCACCGCAUCUAUGAGUGUGAGUCCCGGAUGUCCUUUAUCGCACCCAACCUAUCCAUCAUCAUCGGAGCAUCCACAGCCGCCAAGAUCAUGGGUGUGGCCGGUGGCCUGACCAACCUCUCCAAAAUGCCCGCCUGCAACAUCAUGCUGCUCGGUGCCCAGCGCAAGACCCUCUCUGGCUUCUCAUCUACUUCAGUGCUGCCCCACACUGGCUACAUCUACCACAGUGACAUCGUGCAGUCCCUGCCUCCGGAUCUCCGACGGAAAGCAGCCCGACUGGUGGCCGCCAAGUGCACACUGGCAGCCCGUGUGGACAGCUUCCAUGAGAGCACAGAGGGGAAGGUGGGCUAUGAACUGAAGGAUGAGAUUGAGCGCAAGUUUGACAAGUGGCAGGAGCCACCACCUGUGAAGCAGGUUAAGCCCCUGCCUGCCCCCCUUGAUGGGCAGCGGAAGAAACGAGGUGGUCGCAGGUACCGCAAGAUGAAGGAGCGGCUAGGGCUGACAGAGAUCCGGAAGCAGGCCAACCGCAUGAGCUUUGGAGAGAUUGAGGAGGAUGCCUACCAAGAGGACCUGGGCUUCAGCCUGGGCCACUUGGGCAAGUCGGGCAGUGGGCGUGUGCGGCAGACACAGGUGAAUGAGGCUACCAAAGCCAGGAUCUCCAAGACACUUCAGCGGACCCUGCAGAAGCAGAGUGUGGUAUACGGCGGGAAGUCCACCAUCCGCGACCGCUCCUCAGGGACUGCCUCCAGUGUGGCCUUCACCCCACUCCAGGGUCUGGAGAUUGUGAACCCACAAGCAGCUGAGAAGAAAGUGGCAGAGGCCAACCAGAAGUAUUUCUCUAGCAUGGCCGAGUUUCUCAAGGUCAAGAGUGAGAAAAGCGGCAUCAUGUCCACUUGAGGGUGACUUGCAUCCAAGGUGGCUGUCCGCUGAAGGAACAUGGGUGCCUGGUCCAUCCAAAGAGAUGUGCACUUGGCCAGGUUCUGGUGGAGAUAGUUUGUCCCACUCUGCCCUCAGCCCAGGAUCUGAACAUCCAAGGAGGAUGCUGAAGAGCCUCUGCCUACCUCCCCCAGGACUGAGAUCUCCACCCCAUUGGGGCAGAGCAUGUUUUUAUCCUGCUCAGUUUUUUUACUUUAACUGGGAAAGGAGAUCCUUUUUUUUGGAAAGAGUACAAUUAAAAACACAGA